AUGAGUAAAUUCGGCACCAUGGUCAUGGGCCCGGCCGGUGCAGGCAAGUCUACCUUUUGCGCCGCCCUCAUCACCCAUCUCCAGCUCAACCGCCGGUCCGCCUUUUACGUCAACCUCGACCCCGCCGCCGAGACGUUUGAGCAUACGCCCGACCUCGACAUCAAGGAGCUCAUCUCGCUCCGCGACGCCAUGGAGGAGGUCGGGCUCGGCCCCAACGGCGGCCUCAUCUACUGCUUCGAGUUUCUCAUGGAGAACCUCGACUGGCUGACCGAGGCCCUCGACGCGCUCACCGAGGACUACCUCAUCAUCUUUGACAUGCCCGGCCAGAUUGAGCUCUACACCCACAUCCCCAUCCUGCCGACCCUCAUGAAGUUUCUCUCCCAGCCCGGCGCCCUCGACAUCCGCAUGGCCGCCGUCUACCUCCUCGAGGCGACGUUUGUCGUCGACCGCGCCAAGUUCUUUGCCGGCACCCUCAGCGCCAUGUCCGCCAUGCUCAUGCUCGAGGUCCCCCACAUCAACGUCCUCUCCAAGAUGGACCUCAUCAAGGGCCAGGUCAAGAAGCGCGACCUGAAGAAUUUUUUGACGCCCGACGUUGCGCUGCUCGACGAUGACCCGCUCGAGCGCGGCCGUCUGGCGGGCGAGGGCGCCGACGAGGCGCGCGACGACGAGUCCAGGGCGCCUGAUGACCGCGAGCAAGUCAUGAAGGGCGCGAGCUUCCGUCGGCUGAACCGCGCAGUGGCGGGGCUCAUUGAGAGCUUCAGCAUGGUGAAUUACCUCAAGCUCGACGUCACCGACGAGGACAGCGUCGGUGAUAUUCUCAGCUUCAUCGACGACUGCAUCCAAUUCCACGAGGCGCAGGAUCCCAAGGACCCUAAUGAGGAUGUUGACGCGGACGAGGACGAGCAAGACGAUGAUUAG